GCGGCGGCGGCGGGGACGGCGCGCGCGGGUCCGGGGCGCUCGGGGACCGCACCGGGGCGCGGGGCCAUGGCGGCCGCCGAGCGUCGCGCCUUCGCGCACAAGAUCAACAGGACCGUGGCUGCCGAGGUGCGGAAGCAAGUGUCCCGGGAACGCAGCGGCUCCCCGCAUUCCAGCCGGCGCAGCAGCGGCUCCCUGGGGGUCCCGCUCACCGAGGUCAUCGAGCCCUUGGACUUCGAGGAUGUGAUUCUGAGCCGUCCCCCAGACGCCGAGCCCGGGCCGCUGCGUGACCUCGUGGAGUUCCCAGCAGAUGACCUAGAACUGCUGUUGCAACCCCGAGAGUGUCGGACCACCGAGCCGGGGAUCCCGGAGGAUGGGAAGCUGGACGCCCAGGUGAGGGCGGCUGUGGAGGAGUAUACCGAGCACUGGGUGAUUGCCCAUCGCAGGUACCAGUGUCUGAGCGCUGCCUAUAGCCCCGUCACCCCGGACAAGCAGCGGGAGCGGCAGAAGGGGCUCUCGCGUCAGGUCUAUGAGCAGGACGCUUCUGGAGAUGAGAGGUCCGGCCCUGAGGACUCGGACGACCCCCGGCAUAGCUCGGGCUCCCCAGAGGACACCCCGCGAAGCAGUGGUGCCUCUGGCAUCUUCGACCUGAGGAACUUGGCCGCCGAUUCACUGCUGCCCUGCUUGCUGGAGCGAGCAGCUCCUGAGGAAGUGGACCGGAGGAACGAGACCCUGCGGCGGCAGCAGCGGCCCCGCGCACUGCUCACCCUCUACCCAGCCCCCGAUGAGGAAGAGGCGGUGGAACGUUGCAGCCGGCCGGAACCGCCUCGCGAGCACUUCGGACAGAGGAUCCUGGUCAAGUGUCUGUCCCUUAAGUUUGAGAUUGAGAUUGAGCCAAUCUUCGGCAUUUUAGCGCUGUAUGAUGUGCGGGAGAAAAAGAAGAUCUCAGAGAACUUCUACUUCGACCUGAACUCAGACUCCACCAAGGGGCUGCUGAGGGCACAUGGCACCCACCCCGCCAUCUCCACCCUGGCCCGCUCCGCCAUCUUCUCAGUGACCUACCCUUCUCCCGACAUCUUCCUGGUCAUCAAGCUGGAGAAAGUGCUGCAGCAGGGGGACAUCAGCGAGUGCUGUGAGCCGUACAUGGUGAUGAAGGAGGUGGACACAGCCAAGAAUAAAGAGAAGCUGGAGAAGCUGCGCCUGGCGGCCGAGCAGUUCUGCACUCGUCUGGGCCGCUACCGCAUGCCCUUCGCAUGGACGGCCGUGCACUUGGCCAACAUCGUGAGCAGUGCGGGGCAGCCGGACCGCGACUCCGACUCGGAGGGCGAGCGCCGGCCCACGUGGACUGACCGCCGCCGUCGGGGCCCCCAGGACCGGACAAGUAGCGGGGACGACACCUGCAGCUUCUCUGGCUUCCGCCCAGCCACGCUGACAGUCACCAACUUCUUUAAGCAGGAGGCCGAGCGGCUGAGCGAUGAAGACCUCUUCAAGUUCCUGGCCGACAUGCGGAGGCCGUCCUCCCUGCUCCGGCGCCUGCGGCCGGUGACUGCUCAACUCAAGAUCGAUAUCUCCCCGGCACCUGAGAACCCCCACUUCUGCCUCUCCCCGGAGCUGCUGCACGUUAAGCCCUACCCAGACCCCCGGGGUCGACCCACCAAGGAAAUUCUGGAGUUCCCGGCCCGUGAGGUCUACGCUCCCCACACCAGCUACAGGAACCUGCUCUUCGUCUACCCGCAGAGCCUCAACUUCAGCAGCCGCCAGGGCUCGGUGCGCAACCUCGCCGUGCGCCUGCAGUACAUGGCGGGCGAGGACCCCAGCCAGGCCCUGCCGGUCAUCUUCGGCAAGUCCAGCUGCAGUGAGUUCACCCGCGAGGCCUUCACGCCGGUGGUCUACCAUAACAAGUCCCCCGAGUUCUACGAGGAGUUCAAGCUGCGGCUGCCCGCCUGCGUCACCGAGAACCACCACCUGCUCUUCACCUUCUACCACAUCAGCUGCCAGCCCCGGCCUGGCACGGCCCUGGAGACCCCCGUGGGGUUCACGUGGGUCCCGCUCCUGCAGCACGGCCGCCUCCGGACCGGCCCCUUCUGCCUCCCGGUGUCCGUGGACCAACCGCCGCCCAGCUACUCCGUGCUCACCCCCGACGUGGCGCUGCCGGGCAUGCGCUGGGUGGACGGCCACAAGGGCGUGUUCAGUGUGGAGCUCACGGCCGUGUCCUCCGUACACCCCCAGGACCCCCACCUAGAUAAGUUCUUCACUCUGGUGCAUGUCUUGGAGGAGGGGGCCUUCCCGUUCCGCCUCAAGGACGCGGUGCUGAACGAGGCCACGGUGGAGCAGGAGUUGCGCGCCAGCAUGGCUGCCCUGCGCCUGGCCAGCCCCGAGCCCCUCGUGGCCUUCUCCCACCACGUCCUGGACAAACUCGUGCACCUGGUCGUACGGCCCCCGAUCAUCUGCGGCCAGAUCGUGAACCUGGGCCGAGGAGCCUUUGAAGCAAUGGCUCAUGUGGUCAGCAUCGUCCACCGCAGCCUGGAGGCCGCCCAGGACAGCCGCGGUCACUGCCCACUGCUGGCGGCCUACGUCUACUAUGCCUUCCGCCUGCCUGGCACGGAGCUCAGUCUGUCUGGCGGGGCCCCCGCAGUCACCGUGCAGCCCGCCACGCUGACCCGGGGCUCCAGCCGCCCCGCCAGCCUCUACUUGGCCCGAUCAAAAAGCAUCAGCAGCAGCAACCCCGACCUGGCGGUGGCCCUGGGCUCUGUGGAUGACGAGGUCUCCCGCAUCCUGGCCAGCAAGGCUGUGGACCGCUCGCACUCCUGGGUGAAUUCCGCUUAUGCUCCGGGAGGCAGCAAGGCGGUGCUGCGGCGGGUGCCGCCCUACUGUGGGGUUGAGCCCAGACAGGCCAUCGACCGCAACCCUAACCGCACCUCCUCCUACCUUGAGGGCUCCUCGGCCCCGCCAGCCACCCAGCCGAGACCCACUGUGCCGAAGCUGCUGCACGAGGAGUUGGCCCUGCAGUGGGUGGUUAGCGGCAGUGCCGUGCGAGAGACCGUCCUGCAGCACGCCUGGUUCUUCUUCCAGCUGAUGGUGAAAAGCAUGGCGCUGCACCUGCUCCUGGGCCAGAAGCUCGACACGCCCCGCAAACUUCGCUUUCCUGGGCGCUUCCUGGAUGACAUUACUGCGCUGACAGGCUCCCUGGGCCUAGAAGUCAUCACCCGCGCCCAUAAGGAUGCGGAGCUGGCCGAGCGCCUCAAUGCUAGCCUGGCCUUCUUCCUCAGCGACCUGCUGUCUCUGGUCGACCGCGGCUUCGUCUUCAGCCUGAUCCGCGGCCACUAUAAGCAGGUGGCCACAAGGCUGCAGUCCGCCCCCAACCCAGCAGCGCUGCUCACCCUGCGCAUGGACUUCACGCGCAUCCUGUGCAGCCACGAGCACUACGUGACCCUCAACCUCCCGUGCUGCCCGCUGUCGCCGCCAGCCUCGCCCUCACCCUCCGUUUCGUCCACUACCUCUCAGAGCUCCACUUUCUCCAGCCAGGCCCCUGACCCUAAGGUGGCCAGCAUGUUCGAGUUGAGCGGGCCCUUUCGGCAGCAGCACUUCCUGGCUGGACUCCUGCUGACCGAGCUGGCGCUGGCCCUAGAACCCGAAGCCGAGGGGGCAUCCCUGCUACACAAGAAGGCCAUCAGUGGUGUCCAUAGCCUACUGUGUGGACACGACGUGGACCCCCGCUACACUGACCCCACUGUCAAGGCCCGCGUGGCCGAACUGUACCUGCCGCUGCUGCCACUCGCCCGGGACACGCUGCCGAGGCUGCACGACUUUGCUGAGGGCCCCGGCCAGCGGUCGAGACUCGCCUCCAUGCUGGACUCGGACACGGAAGGGGAUGAGGACUUUGGAAGCACCAUCAAUCCCUCCGUGGCCAUGGCCAUUGCAGGGGGCCCCCUGUCACCCGGAUCCCGGGGGAGCAUUUCCCAAGGCCCGGGGACGGCCACCCGCUCAGGCUGCCCGCUCUCAGCCGAGUCCAGCCGCACGCUCCUGGUGUGCGUCCUCUGGGUCCUGAAGAACGCCGAGCCGGCCCUCCUGCAGCGCUGGGCUGCUGACCUGGCGCUGCCGCAGCUCGGCCGCCUGCUGGACCUGCUGUAUCUCUGCCUGGCUGCCUUCGAGUACAAGGGAAAGAAGGCCUUCGAGCGCAUCAACAGCCUCACCUUCAAGAAGUCGCUGGACAUGAAGGCGCGGCUGGAGGAGGCCAUCCUGGGCACCAUCGGGGCGCGGCAGGAGAUGGUGCGCCGGAGCCGCGAGAGGAACCCGUUCGGGCCCCAGGAGAAUGUCCGCUGGCGGAAGAGCGUCACGCACUGGAGGCAAACCUCGGAUCGUGUGGACAAGACCAAGGAGGAAAUGGAGCACGAGGCCUUGGUGGACGGGAACCUGGCGACCGAGGCCAGCCUGGUGGUUCUGGACACUCUCGAGAUCAUCGUGCAGACUGUGAUGCUGUCAGAGGCCCGGGAGAGCAUCUUGGGGGCAGUCCUGAAGGUGGUGCUUUACAGCCUGGGCAGUGCUCAGAGCGCCCUCUUCCUGCAGCACGGGCUGGCCACGCAGCGAUCUCUGGUGUCCAAGUUCCCGGAGCUGCUGUUCGAGGAAGACACGGAGCUGUGCGCUGACCUCUGCCUGCGGCUCCUGCGACACUGCGGUAGCCGCAUCAGCGCCAUCCGCACGCACGCCAGCGCAUCCCUCUACCUCCUCAUGCGCCAGAAUUUCGAGAUCGGCAAUAACUUCGCCCGAGUGAAGAUGCAGGUGACCAUGUCACUUUCGUCCCUGGUGGGGACGACCCAGAACUUCAGUGAAGACCAUUUGCGGCGUUCUCUGAAGACCAUCCUCACUUACGCGGAGGAGGACGUGGGCCUGCGGGACAGUGCCUUUGCUGAGCAGGUCCAGGACUUGAUGUUCAACCUGCACAUGAUUCUGACAGACACGGUGAAGAUGAAGGAGCAUCAGGAAGACCCCGAGAUGCUCAUUGACCUCAUGUACAGGAUUGCCAGGGGCUACCAGGGCUCCCCGGACCUGCGGCUGACGUGGCUGCAGAACAUGGCGGGCAAGCACGCUGAGCUGGGCAACCACGCCGAGGCCGCCCAGUGCAUGGUGCACGCGGCCGCCCUGGUGGCCGAGUACCUGGCGCUGCUGGAGGACAGCCGCCACCUGCCCAUAGGCUGCGUCUCCUUCCAGAACAUCUCGUCCAACGUGCUGGAGGAGUCGGCCAUCUCUGAUGACAUCCUGUCACCCGAUGAGGAGGGCUUCUGUUCCGGGAAGCACUUCACGGAGCUGGGUUUGGUGGCGCUGCUGGAGCAGGCGGCCGCCUACUUCACCCUGGGUGGGCUCUACGAGGCGGUGAAUGAGGUGUACAAGAACCUCAUUCCCAUCCUGGAAGCCCACCGGGACUACAAGAAGCUGGCAGCUGUGCAUGGCAAACUGCAGGAGGCAUUUACCAAGAUAAUGCACCAGAGCUCCGGCUGGGAGCGCGUCUUCGGGACCUACUUCCGGGUGGGCUUCUACGGCACCCGCUUUGGGGACCUGGAUGAGCAGGAGUUCGUGUACAAGGAACCAUCCAUCACCAAGCUGGCCGAGAUCUCACACCGACUGGAGGAGUUCUACACGGAGAGAUUCGGGGAGGAUGUGGUGGAGAUUGUCAAGGAUUCCAACCCGGUGGACAAGGGCAAGCUCGACCCCCAGAAGGCCUACAUCCAGAUCACCUAUGUCGAGCCCCACUUUGACGCCUAUGAGCUCAAAGACCGUGUGACCUACUUCGACCGCAACUACGGGCUGCGCACCUUCCUCUUCUGCACGCCUUUCACGCCCGACGGCCGCGCGCACGGCGAGCUGCCGCAGCAGUACAAACGCAAGACCCUGCUCAGCACCGACCACGCCUUCCCGUACAUCAAGACGCGCAUCCGCGUGUGUCACCGGGAGGAGACGGUGCUGACCCCAGUGGAAGUGGCCAUCGAGGACAUGCAGAAGAAGACCCGUGAGCUGGCCUAUGCCACUGAGCAGGACCCUCCCGAUGCUAAGAUGUUACAGAUGGUGUUGCAGGGCUCAGUGGGGCCCACAGUGAACCAGGGUCCCCUGGAGGUCGCUCAGGUGUUUCUGGCCGAGAUCCCUGAAGACCCCAAGCUCUUCAGGCACCACAACAAACUCCGACUCUGUUUCAAGGACUUCUGCAAGAAGUGUGAGGACGCUCUGCGGAAGAACAAGGCGCUGAUCGGACCGGACCAGAAGGAGUACCACCGCGAGCUGGAGCGGAACUACGCGCGCCUGCGCGAAGCCCUGCAGCCCCUACUCGCCCAGCGCCCGCCCCAGCUGCUGGCACACCCCACCUCCAACCUCAGGAACUCCAUGAACAGAGCAAGUUUCCGGAAGGCGGACCUCUGAGCCCACCCACCGCUGGGCUAAAGCCACACCCCCAGGACACCCCCAGCACCCCCCCACUAACCCCCGCGUACCUCCUAGGAGAAUCGCUCCAGAGUUCCUCCUCGCUGUUCCUCCUCUUUGUACGCGGGGGUGCUGAGCCCUUGUCCUUAUGUCCAUCAGUUCCCUUCUCUGUACACUGAAGCUUAUCUUUUUUUAAUUAAAAAUGUUUUUUCUAA